AUGGUACCCAUACCUUCACAUCCCGCAAUCUUGGUCGAAGCCGAGACCUUCGAUGAUUUUGGUGGCUGGACCAUGGACUCCCAGUUUGAUCUGGAGAUGGGCUCACCCUAUCUCCUGGCCCAUGGGAAUGGGGUGCCUGUUGCAGAUGCCACAACGGUCAUUCAUACUUCACCAGGUCUAUAUUAUGUGUGGGUGCGCGCCAAGGACUGGGUUCCAGGCCACCACCCUGGGAGGUUUAGUCUGAUGGUUAACGGCAAACCACUUGAUCGUGAGUUUGGUGCAAAUGACAAGGACUGGUCAUGGGAAUAUGGAGGCGCUGUGUCACUCGAAGACAAAACAAGACUCACAUUACACGACUUGACUGGGUUUUGCGCGCGCUGUGAUGCUAUCUUCCUCAGUCAGGAAGCUGACGCCCCUCCACCCGAGGCAGGACGAGCAUGGAGGCGAGCUCUUCGGGGGCUUCCUCGGGAACCAGUUGAGAUUGGCCAUUUUGACGUGGUUAUCGUUGGUGGUGGUAUCGUUGGGUCUGCCGCUGCGCUGGUAUCUGCGCGUUUAGGGGACCGCGUGGCGCUUCUCCAUAACCGACCUGUACUGGGCGGGAAUGGCAGUGUCGAGAUUGGUCUUCGACCUCGUGGUGUAACUGGACCUUUGAUUGACGAAAUAUCUCAACGACACCCGAAUGGAGACCUCUACGCCGAAAACCUGCUAAGAGCCGAACCAACCGCGAGUUUGUUCUUGGAGCACACUGUCUACAAUACUACAACUGACGCGAUUCAUAGUGGCGCGUUAAGCACUGUCGACAACCCGACUGUUAGCGGCUCGCGCAUCCUUUCCGUCGAUGCUCGUGAUGCGCGAACUGGGAGAGAGAUCCGCCUCGCUGCAACCUCGUUCAUUGAUUGCUCAGGAAAAUGCAUACUCGGUCUGUUGUCGGGAGCAGAAACUCUCUUCGGUCAAGAAUCAAAGUCUGAGUACGGCGAAAGCCUUGCACCGACAGUAGGCGAUGAUUACACACAUCAUGGCAAUACACUCUUCUUCCGCACAAGAAUGGCAGAUUCUCCCAUCUCAUUCCCAAAGCUUCCAUGGGCAACUGAGGUGGCAAAGGACUUCUCCAAUCUUAGUGGCCAGCUCGUAAAGCCUGGGAUCGAGAACGGCCCAGGCCCUGUUGUGGCGCCUUCAAAUGGCAACGCUGACAUUUCAGUGAGGGGCCGAAUGAAGGGACCAUUGACUCAUUUUUGGGAGUAUGGCCAGCGACUGGAUCCUUACACCCAUGGUGAACAUAUUCGCGACCAUCUCCUCAGGGCCAUCUACGGUACAUUUUCAAACGUUAAGACGGUUUCCAAGUACGCCAAUCUCGAGCUAGAAUGGGUGGCUUACGUCGCAGCUCAAGGGGAGUUUCGCCGAUAUAAGGGCGAUUAUAUACUUACUGAGACCGAUAUUCGCAGUCACAAACAGUUCCCUGACGCUGUAGUGAAGAACGACGGAGCCUUUUGUCUACACUACCCAGGAGACAAGGAUGCAAAAUAUGACUUUCGACUCAAGUACUGGGAGUGGGACGAACGUGACAAAAAGCCCUAUGAUGUGCCCUUCCGGUGCCUCUACUCAACGAACAUUUCAAACUUGAUGAUGGCGGGCAAACAUAUAAGCGUCACGCAUAUCGCCGGUUCGAACACGAAGUUUAUGGGCAAUGGGGCCCAGCAUGCUAUUGCGACCGCGGCAGCAGCCCAUCUGUGUAAGAGACACAAUACAACACCCCGUAAAAUGCAAGACUAUUUGCCCGAACUCAAGCAGUUGUGUAUCCAAAUGACCGGUCUAGGUGAUACAAAUACCAAGAACGGCGGGGUGAAAUCUAUAUCUAAGCUCUGA